UCACGAUCAUGCUCGAUUUUGCCCACAUUUAUAUGAAGAUGGAAUUUAGUCUCAUAUUUUGGGCUUGUAAAAAUUUCAGACCUUGAACGAACGUGUCUGCAGAUUUGUUCGGACCGCUUCAUCCGCUGAACAACCAUGACAAACUUGGGUAUUAUGUGGAACGGUUGAGGUUUACGUUCAGAGACGAUGGAAGACAGACCCUUGAAUAGAGAUACGCGAAGAUUUCAUCGCAAGUCGCGGAAUGGAUGCAUGCAAUGCAAGCAGCGACAUGUCAAGUGCGACGAAAACAAGCCAUCCUGCGGCAAUUGCGCACAAACAAAUCGUGCAUGCAGCUUUUUGCGAAUGCUUCCUAGUAUUCCGACAUCAUUAGGAAAUCUCAGCAGUGGUGGUAUAUCUCCAGCCAUAUAUCCAAAACAAUCCGGACCACCAACUCCAGCAUCAGCGCCGUCACCAUCGGCACUAUUUUCAUCAUGCACUUCAUCUACAGCGACAACUCCAACCAUCCCACUAAUCAACAUCGACACAAAACUCUUUAAUCAGUACAACAGCACUCAAACACCGGAAUUCACUCUCGCAGAUCUCUCCAUGAUGCAUGUUUGGGCCACUGAGACCAGUCUCACAUUAUCCCCUGCACCGGAAGUACAACAAGUCUGGGCAAGAACCAUUACUCAAAUCGCCCUACAGCACCGAUUUUUACUUCAUGGUAUUUUGGCUACAUCUGCUUUGCAUGUAGCAUAUACCAAGACCAGUUCGACAAUGGAGAAUCGAGAAUUGGUUGAUUAUGCGGCUCGCCAUCAGGCUAUUGCGCUGAAUUUGUUUCAAAAGGCGCUUGCGAAUCCGGUAUCCGGGGGAGGAGGGCAGCAGCAAGAAGCGCUUUUCGUGUUAUCUGUACUCAUUUCAGUGAUCGCUAUUGCGACGCUGCGGGACGAGAUUUCAGAUGCGAUGGAGAUUGAUAUAAUAACCACACGAGCCAGUGGCGCGGCCAUUAUGGAUUUUAAAUGGAUUCGUCUUUCGAGAGGCAUAUUGGUGCUUAAUAAGGAUCAUCUGGAUGAAUUGGCGAGAUCGUCUGUUAGUCCGCUGAUGCGGAGUGAUGUUGUGCUAGAGAAUGGACAGUGGCAGGAUAAGCAUUUGGCAGAUGAUUUGAGGAAUCUGCAGAGAUUGUGGUAUGGCAAUGAGGACUUUGCGGCGGGUGAGGACGAUGAGAAAAUAUCCGAAGCGGAUAGAAAGGUGUUUGAUGACGCUUAUUUUGCGUUGCUUUCAAUUCGGUCCAAGGUUUCGGAAUACUUGUAUGCGGUACAAUCAGAGUCGGACACCACAGCGGCGCGAAAUCAUCCCCUCGGUGCUAGUACAACGUCAAAACCGUGUCUGGACAGCCGCACCCUCGCCGAGGUUUUCAUGUGGCUUAUUCGCAUCCCAGAAGGGUAUAUUGAGUUGCUGGAACGCCAGCACCCCGUUGCACUCAUUAUACUUGCACAUUAUGCGGCGUUGUUGGGUAAGGAUUGUGCUACGUGGUGGUCGGAUAGGAGUGCGUAUAUGAUUAUAAGGAGGGUUUGGGUUGUUUUGGAUGAGAGGUUAAGGAAGUGGAUUGAGAGUCCGAUGGAUGAUGUUUGUCGUGCGAAUGGAUAAACGGGAUAGUGGGUGGGUAGAAAGAAAGGCAAAUAUUUUCGGGCUCUUCAUUUCGUCUAUAUUUGACACGAAUUCGGUGGGUUGCAUUGAGUCAGGAACUCUGCAUAUUAUUCGUUUGAAUCACCCAAUCUGGGCCUAUACUCGCCUCCGGAUCGCAUAUCCCAUCCGGCGGAACGAAUCAGAAUCUUACUGACAAGUGGCUCUUGACUCUCCUCCCACGGGACAGCUCUAGGAUACUAGAUUCGACAUCUAAACAUCAGCGAGUGGAGACAGAGUAUAGUCUUGAAGUUUGGCAUUUGAAAACAGCCGAUAUUAGAGGAAAAAUCAGUUCAUGAACAGCGUGCCUUCGAAUACGAGGUAUGAUUGCUCGGAUAUGGGAGGUUCCCUUGCCAAAGGAGGCACCGCAACACAUAUCAAAUUCAACUGCAGGUCCAUAGCCAUACUUCGAUUUUGACCUCUGAUGAGGCAUGCGAGGCUUGUUGAGGGAUUUUUCGGUCUGUUUUCAAGUAAAUUAUAAGUUCGUAUAUAAACUUUUUACGCAAGUGGACUGAACGGCAUAUGUACAUAACUAGAAUAGACCUUGUGAUUUUUUUCGGAAGGAACAAUAUACCUA